AUGGCACAGGCACUGCUGGUACCCCCGGGACCCGAAAGCUUCCGCCUUUUUACUAGAGAAUCUCUUGCUGCUAUUGAAAAACGUGCUGCAGAAGAGAAAGCCAAGAAGCCCAAAAAAGAACAAGACAAUGAUGACGAAAACAAACCAAAGCCAAACAGUGACUUGGAAGCUGGGAAGAACCUUCCAUUUAUUUAUGGAGACAUUCCUCCAGGGAUGGUGUCAGAGCCUCUGGAGGACCUGGACCCCUACUAUAUCAAUAAGAAAACUUUUAUAGUAAUGAAUAAAGGGAAGGCAAUUUUCCGAUUCAGUGCCACCUCUGCCUUGUAUAUUUUAACUCCACUAAACCCUGUUAGGAAAAUUGCUAUUAAGAUUUUGGUACAUUCUUUAUUCAGCAUGCUUAUCAUGUGCACUAUUUUGACCAACUGUGUAUUUAUGACCUUGAGUAACCCUCCAGACUGGACCAAGAAUGUAGAGUACACAUUCACUGGAAUCUAUACCUUUGAGUCACUUAUAAAAAUCUUGGCAAGAGGGUUUUGCUUAGAAGAUUUUACAUUCCUUCGUGAUCCAUGGAACUGGCUGGAUUUCAGUGUCAUUGUGAUGGCAUAUGUGACAGAGUUUGUGGACCUGGGCAAUGUCUCAGCGUUGAGAACAUUCAGAGUUCUCCGAGCACUGAAAACAAUUUCAGUCAUUCCAGGUUUAAAGACCAUUGUGGGGGCCCUGAUCCAGUCGGUGAAGAAGCUGUCUGACGUCAUGAUCCUGACUGUGUUCUGUCUGAGCGUGUUUGCUCUAAUUGGGCUGCAGCUGUUCAUGGGCAACCUGAGGAAUAAAUGUUUACAAUGGCCCCCAAGCGAUUCUGCUUUUGAAACCAACACUACUUCCUACUUUAAUGGCACAAUGGAUUCAAACGGGACAUUUGUUAAUGUAACAAUGAGCACAUUUAACUGGAAGGAUUACAUUGGAGAUGAAAGUCACUUUUACGUUUUGGAUGGACAAAAAGACCCUUUACUCUGUGGAAAUGGCUCAGAUGCUGGCCAGUGUCCAGAAGGAUACAUCUGUGUGAAGGCUGGUCGAAACCCCAAUUAUGGCUACACAAGCUUUGACACCUUUAGCUGGGCUUUCUUGUCACUAUUUCGACUCAUGACUCAAGACUACUGGGAGAAUCUUUACCAGUUGACGUUACGUGCUGCUGGAAAAACAUACAUGAUAUUUUUUGUCCUGGUUAUUUUCUUGGGUUCUUUUUAUUUGGUGAAUUUGAUCCUGGCUGUGGUGGCCAUGGCCUAUGAGGAACAGAACCAGGCAACACUGGAAGAGGCAGAACAGAAAGAGGCUGAAUUUCAGCAGAUGCUCGAACAGCUUAAAAAGCAACAGGAAGAAGCUCAGGUACGGAAUGUUGCUGCAGCAUCAGCUGCUUCAAGAGAUUUCAGUGGAAUGGGUGGGUUAGGAGAGCUCUUGGAAAGUUCUUCAGAAGCAUCAAAGUUAAGCUCCAAAAGUGCUAAGGAGUGGAGGAACCGAAGGAAGAAAAGAAGACAGAGGGAACACGUAGAAGGGAACAACAAAGGAGAGGGAGACAGGUUUCCCAAAUCUGAAUCUGAAGACAGUGUCAAAAGAAGAAGCUUCCUUUUCUCCAUGGAUGGAAACCGACUGAGUGGCGAUAAGAAAUUCUGCUCCCCCCAUCAGUCUCUGUUGAGUAUCCGUGGCUCCCUGUUUUCCCCAAGACGCAAUAGCAAAACAAGCAUUUUCAGCUUCAGAGGUCGGGCAAAGGAUGUUGGGUCUGAAAAUGACUUUGCUGAUGAUGAGCACAGCACAUUUGAAGACAGCGAAAGCAGGAGAGACUCACUGUUUGUGCCGCACAGACAUGGAGAGCGACGCAACAGUAACGUUAGUCAGGCCAGUAUGUCAUCCAGGAUGGUGCCAGGGCUUCCAGCAAAUGGGAAGAUGCACAGCACUGUGGAUUGCAAUGGUGUGGUUUCCUUGGGCACCACCACUGAAACGGAAGUCAGAAAGAGAAGGCUAAGUUCUUACCAGAUUUCAAUGGAGAUGCUGGAGGAUUCCUCUGGAAGGCAAAGAGCCAUGAGUAUAGCCAGCAUUCUGACCAACACAAUGGAGGAACUUGAAGAAUCUAGACAGAAAUGUCCACCAUGCUGGUAUAGAUUUGCCAAUGUGUUCUUGAUCUGGGACUGCUGUGAUGCAUGGUUAAAAGUAAAACAUUUUGUGAAUUUAAUUGUUAUGGAUCCAUUUGUUGAUCUUGCCAUCACUAUUUGCAUUGUCUUAAAUACCCUGUUUAUGGCCAUGGAGCACUACCCCAUGACUGAUCAAUUCAGUAGUGUGCUGACUGUAGGAAACCUGGUCUUCACUGGGAUCUUCACAGCAGAAAUGGUUCUCAAGAUCAUUGCCAUGGAUCCCUACUAUUAUUUCCAAGAGGGCUGGAAUAUCUUUGAUGGAAUUAUUGUCAGCCUCAGUUUAAUGGAGCUUGGUCUGUCAAAUGUGGAAGGAUUGUCUGUACUGCGAUCAUUCAGACUGCUUCGAGUUUUCAAGUUGGCAAAAUCCUGGCCCACACUAAAUAUGCUGAUUAAGAUCAUUGGCAAUUCUGUGGGGGCUCUGGGAAACCUCACGUUGGUGUUGGCCAUCAUUGUCUUCAUUUUUGCCGUGGUUGGCAUGCAGCUGUUUGGUAAGAGCUACAAAGAAUGUGUCUGCAAGAUCUCCAGUGACUGUCAACUUCCACGCUGGCACAUGAACGACUUCUUCCACUCCUUCCUGAUUGUGUUCCGCGUGCUGUGUGGAGAGUGGAUAGAGACCAUGUGGGAUUGUAUGGAAGUCGCUGGACAAACCAUGUGCCUUAUUGUUUUCAUGUUGGUCAUGGUCAUUGGAAAUCUAGUGGUUCUGAACCUCUUUCUGGCCUUAUUGUUGAGUUCAUUUAGCUCAGACAACCUUGCUGCUACUGAUGAUGAUAAUGAAAUGAACAAUCUCCAGAUUGCAGUAGGAAGAAUGCAAAAGGGAAUAGAUUAUGUGAAAAAUCAGAUACGGGAGUGUUUCCAAAAGGCCUUUUUUAGAAAGCCAAAAGUUAUAGAAAUCCACGAAGGCAACAAAAUAGAUAGCUGCAUGUCCAAUAAUACUGGAAUUGAAAUAAGCAAAGAACUUAAUUAUCUUAAAGAUGGGAAUGGAACCACCAGUGGUGUAGGUACCGGAAGCAGUGUUGAAAAAUAUGUAAUCGAUGAAAAUGAUUAUAUGUCAUUCAUAAACAACCCCAGCCUCACUGUAACAGUGCCAAUUGCUGUUGGAGAGUCUGACUUUGAAAACUUAAAUACUGAAGAGUUCAGCAGUGAAUCGGAACUAGAAGAAAGCAAAGAGAAAUUAAAUGCAACCAGCUCAUCUGAAGGAAGCACAGUUGAUGUUGCUCCACCCAGAGAAGGUGAACAAGCUGAAAUUGAACCUGAGGAAGACCUUAAACCAGAAGCUUGUUUUACUGAAGGAUGUAUUAAAAAAUUUCCAUUCUGUCAAGUAAGUACAGAAGAAGGCAAAGGAAAGAUCUGGUGGAAUCUUCGGAAAACCUGCUACAGCAUUGUUGAGCACAACUGGUUUGAGACUUUCAUUGUCUUCAUGAUCCUUCUCAGUAGUGGUGCUUUGGCAUUUGAAGAUAUAUACAUUGAACAGCGAAAGACUAUCAAAACCAUGCUAGAAUAUGCUGACAAGGUCUUCACCUAUAUAUUCAUUCUGGAAAUGCUUCUCAAAUGGGUAGCUUAUGGAUUUCAAACAUAUUUCACUAAUGCCUGGUGCUGGCUAGAUUUUUUGAUCGUUGAUGUUUCCUUGGUUAGCUUGGUAGCCACUGCUCUUGGCUACUCAGAACUUGGUGCCAUCAAAUCCCUACGGACACUAAGAGCUUUAAGACCUCUAAGAGCCUUAUCCCGCUUUGAAGGCAUGAGGGUGGUGGUGAAUGCUCUUGUAGGAGCGAUUCCCUCUAUCAUGAAUGUGCUGUUGGUUUGUCUCAUUUUCUGGCUAAUCUUUAGCAUCAUGGGUGUGAAUUUGUUCGCUGGCAAGUUCUACCACUGUGUUAACACGACAACGGGUGACAUGUUUGAAGUUAGUGAAGUCAACAAUUUUAGCGACUGUCAGGCUCUUGGCAAGCAAGCUCGGUGGAAAAAUGUGAAAGUAAACUUUGAUAAUGUUGGUGCUGGCUAUCUCGCAUUGCUUCAAGUGGCGACAUUUAAAGGCUGGAUGGAUAUUAUGUAUGCAGCUGUUGAUUCAAGAGAUGUUAAACUUCAGCCUGAAUAUGAAGAAAAUCUGUAUAUGUAUUUAUAUUUUGUCAUCUUUAUCAUCUUUGGGUCGUUCUUCACUCUGAAUCUAUUCAUUGGUGUCAUCAUAGAUAACUUCAACCAGCAGAAAAAGAAGUUCGGAGGUCAAGACAUUUUUAUGACAGAGGAACAGAAAAAAUAUUACAAUGCAAUGAAGAAACUUGGAUCCAAGAAACCUCAGAAACCCAUACCUCGGCCAGCAAACAAAUUCCAAGGAAUGGUCUUUGAUUUUGUAACCAGACAAGUCUUUGAUAUCAGCAUCAUGAUCCUCAUCUGCCUCAACAUGGUCACCAUGAUGGUGGAAACUGAUGACCAGGGCAAAUAUAUGACCCUAGUUUUGUCCCGGAUCAACCUCGUAUUCAUAGUCCUGUUCACUGGAGAAUUUGUGCUAAAGCUUAUCUCUCUCAGAUACUACUACUUCACUAUAGGCUGGAACAUCUUUGAUUUUGUGGUGGUGAUUCUCUCCAUUGUAGGUAUGUUUCUGGCCGAGCUGAUAGAAAAGUAUUUUGUGUCCCCGACCCUGUUCCGUGUGAUCCGUCUUGCCAGGAUUGGCCGAAUCCUACGUCUGAUCAAAGGAGCGAAGGGGAUCCGCACGCUGCUCUUUGCUCUGAUGAUGUCCCUUCCUGCGUUGUUUAACAUCGGCCUCCUGCUCUUCCUGGUCAUGUUCAUCUACGCCAUCUUUGGAAUGUCCAACUUUGCCUAUGUUAAAAAGGAAGCUGGAAUUGAUGACAUGUUCAACUUUGAGACUUUUGGCAACAGCAUGAUCUGCCUGUUCCAAAUCACCACCUCUGCUGGCUGGGAUGGAUUGCUGGCACCUAUUCUCAACAGUGCGCCUCCCGACUGUGACCCUGACGCAAUUCACCCUGGAAGCUCAGUCAAGGGAGACUGUGGGAACCCAUCUGUUGGGAUUUUCUUUUUUGUCAGUUACAUCAUCAUAUCCUUUCUGGUUGUGGUGAACAUGUACAUCGCCGUCAUCCUGGAGAACUUCAGUGUUGCUACUGAAGAAAGUGCAGAGCCCCUGAGUGAGGAUGACUUUGAGAUGUUCUAUGAGGUUUGGGAGAAGUUUGAUCCUGAUGCAACCCAGUUUAUAGAGUUCUGCAAGCUCUCAGAUUUUGCAGCUGCUCUGGAUCCUCCUCUUCUCAUAGCAAAACCAAACAAAGUUCAGCUCAUUGCCAUGGAUCUGCCCAUGGUCAGUGGCGACCGGAUCCACUGCCUUGAUAUUUUAUUUGCCUUUACAAAGCGUGUUUUGGGUGAGAGUGGAGAGAUGGAUGCCCUUCGAAUACAGAUGGAAGACCGGUUCAUGGCAUCGAACCCCUCCAAAGUCUCUUAUGAGCCCAUCACAACCACUUUGAAACGUAAACAAGAGGAGGUGUCUGCUGCUAUCAUUCAGCGUAAUUUCAGAAGUUAUCUUUUAAGGCAAAGGUUAAAAAAGCUAGUAAGUAAAUAUGAUAAAGAGACAAUCAGAGGGAGGAUUGACUUACCUAUUAAAGCAGACAUGAUUAUUGACAAAUUAAACGGUAACUCGACCCCAGAAAAAACAGAUGGAAGCUCCUCUACCACCUCUCCUCCUUCCUAUGAUAGUGUAACAAAACCAGACAAAGAAAAAUUUGAGAAAGACAAACCAGAAAAAGAAAGCAAAGGGAAAGAGGUCAGAGAAAAUCAAAAGUGAAAAGAAACAAAGAAUUAUCUUUAUGAUCAAUUGUUUACAGCCUAUGAAGGUAAAGUAUAUGUGUCAACUGGACUUCUUGAGGAGGUCCAUGCCAAACUGACUGUUCUAACAAAUACUCAUGGUCAGUGCCUAUACAAGACAGUGACCUCUGUCACUGCAACU